CUGGGAGCGGGGCAGCGGCAGCGGCGGAGAGAGCAAUGGCGGCCAUCAGGAAAAAGCUGGUGAUCGUGGGAGACGGUGCCUGUGGAAAGACGUGUCUGCUGAUCGUGUUCAGCAAGGACCAGUUCCCCGAGGUCUACGUACCGACUGUGUUCGAGAACUACAUUGCCGACAUAGAGGUAGACGGGAAGCAGGUGGAGCUGGCCCUGUGGGACACGGCGGGACAGGAGGACUAUGACAGGCUGCGGCCCCUGUCGUACCCGGACACGGACGUUAUCCUCAUGUGCUUUUCUAUCGACAGCCCGGAUAGCCUCGAGAACAUCCCCGAAAAGUGGACGCCAGAGGUGAAGCAUUUCUGCCCCAACGUGCCCAUCAUCCUGGUGGGGAACAAGAAGGACCUGCGGAACGACGAGCACACGCGGCGGGAGCUGGCGAAGAUGAAGCAGGAACCAGUGAAGCCAGAGGAGGGGAGGGACAUGGCCAACAGGAUCAACGCCUUUGGCUACCUCGAGUGCUCGGCCAAGACGAAGGAGGGCGUGCGGGAGGUCUUCGAGAUGGCCACCCGCGCAGGCCUGCAGGUCCGGAAGAACAAGAAGCGCAGAGGCUGCCCGCUGCUGUGAGCAGCGCGCCGGGCCAGGAGGCAGCUGCCUGCACUGGCACCCGGCUGCCCCGCGCCGCGUGGGGAGGGAGUGCUGGCAGGCAGCCGAAGCAGGACCGCAUGGUGCCAGUAUCUGCCCUGAACCCUCUGCACAAGAGCUGCCACCCAAGCCCGUGGGGUGUCCCUGCGUGACCCCAGGGCCGGGAGGGGCCAGUGCCUUCAGUCCCCACUGCUCUCUAUGGGCUGGACAUUUGCGUAGCUCUGUGUCACCCCAUUUUGUACCGAUCUCCCUGGUUUCGCCUCUCCCGUGGGGAUUGCUGCAGUGUUUGCUCUCCCUCCCCAGCUCCAGGCAGGUGCCGCAGAAGCAGGAGGUGCCGCUGGCUGCUGCCCGCAGCUCGCGUGCGGGGUCUGGUGGGCCCUUGGGUGCUCUGCCCCCUCCCCUCAGCCAUGUGGGCAGCACACCAGCAUUUUAUACAGGCUUGCCCAGGGCAGGUUUCAGCCCCAGUCUGUGUGCAGAGCCAGGUUUGGCCACUGCCAGAAGUGCUCUGCUCCUGGGCUGCGCGCUGGGGCAGCGCCUCUGCCCAGCUCUGCCUGUAAUGCCUUCUUCGAGCCUGCCUUGGUCAUGGACUUAGCACCAGUAAACUGAACUGCGUAAUUGGGAGAAUAAAUGCAAACUGGUAUUUCAGUAA